AUGGUGAAUCAAAUUAAAAUCUAUGGAGAAGUGUUGACAUCAAAAUCUGUAGUAUCAAAGAUUUUAAGAUCAUUGACUUUAAUUUUCAAUCAUGUGGUAGUAGUCAUAGAAGAAUCAAAGAAUUUGUCAAGCAUGACAAAAGAAGAGCUUCAAGAAACUCUUGAAUCUCACAAACAAAAAAUGGCUGAAAGAACUACAAGCAAGUCAAAUACUGAUGUGGCUUUGCAAGCUCAGUCGUCUAAGAAAGACAAAGGAAAAUGGAAUGGUAACAAGGGAAGAGGAAUUUACAACAAUUCGAUUGGUAGAGGAAACCAUCGAGAAGAUAGUUUGUUGAAUCAGAGACAAUCUUCUAACCAAGAAAAGUACAUAGAUGGUCGUGCAGGUAGAGGAAUAAGUGAUGGAAGAAAACCUGAUAAAAGUCAUAUUUAUUGCUACAAUUGUCAAAAGUAUGGCCAUUAUGUAAGUCAAUGUCAAGGAGGAAAGAAAGAUCAAGAAAGUGAUGCAAAGCUUGUAGAAGAUGAAGUGGUGCUAAUGGUCAUAACAAAAGAAGAAGAAAGACUCAAAGAUCAAUGGUAUCUCGACUCAGGUUGUUCGUCGCACAUGACUGGAAGAAAAUAUUGGUCUAUCAACAUCAAUCCCUCGUCGAAGAACAAGGUAAAAUUUGCAAACGACAAUACCUUAUUUGCUGAAGGUAUUGAUGAUGUUCUGAUCAGGAGAAAGGAUGGUAAACGAUCAGUAAUUUUCAAUGUGUUGUACAUACCUAUAAUGAAGAGUAAGAUGCUAAGUAUAAGUCAACUGAUCAAAAGGAACUACAAAGUAAUAAUUGAAGAUAGAAUUAUGAAAGUGAUCGACUUAAGAAAUAGGUUGAUCUUGAAGACUCAUAUGUCUCAUAAUAGAACCUUCAGGAUUGAACUUGAUGUGUUGGAACACAAGUGUCUGGCGACUGCAGCUAGCAGAGAUGAAUGGUUAUAG